UUACGGCGGUGUUGUUCGGGGAUGAUCUGACACGAUCCUCGAGCAGUCUUCAGAGUGACGCGUCAAGGAGCAGGAGGAGCUAGGCGUCAGCGAGUUUUCGGGAAGCACGGCAAGGGCAGCCGGACGUGUUUGGCUGCACGAUGAGCAGGAGCGGGCAGCAAGACGACAAUGAGGAGCUCCGGCGGGUGGCAAUCGACCGGCUCCCGACGUAUGACAGCUUGAGGAAGGGGAUGCUAAAUAGAGUGUUGGACGACGGGAAAAUCAUGCAAGGUGAGGUGGAUGUUACUAAGCUAGGAAAUCAAGAGAAGAAGCUGUUGAUGGAUAGUGUACUCAAGACUGCUGAAGAAGAUAACGAGAGCUUUCUUGAACGGUUGAGGGAACGGACUGAUAGGGUGGGAAUUGAGAUUCCGAAGAUUGAAAUCCGGUUUGAGCAUUUAUCAGUUGAUGGAGAUAUACAUGUUGGGGAUAGAGCACUUCCUACUCUGUUUAAUGCCACCUUGAACGCACUUGAGAGCGUUCUCGGACUGAUUCGGCUUGCCCCUUCUAAGAAGAGAAAAAUUCAGAUACUUAAAGAUGUUGGCGGCAUUGUGAAGCCAUCACGGAUGAUAUUGCUUUUGGGUCCACCCAAUGCGGGCAAAACAACAUUAUUGCAAGCACUAGCGGGGAAGCUUGAUCGGGACCUAAGGUUAUCAGGGAAAGUCACCUAUUGUGGUCAUGAAUUGAAUGAGUUUGUUCCUCAAAGAACCUGUGCUUACAUUAGUCAACUGGAUCUUCACUAUGGGGGGAUGACGGUGAGAGAGACAUUGGAUUUCUCAGGACGCUGUUUUGGGGUUGGCAAAAGAUACGAAAUGCUUGUAGAGCUCUCAAGACGAGAGAAAGAAGCAGGAAUUAAACCGGAUCCUGAGAUCGAUGCAUUUAUGAAGGCCAUAGCAGUGUCGAGCCAAGAGUCCAAUUUGGUCACAGAUUAUAUUAUCAAGAUACUAGGAUUGGAUAUUUGUGCGGAUAUUUUGGUUGGUGAUGAGAUGAGAAGGGGUAUUUCUGGUGGACAAAAGAAGCGUGUGACCACCGGAGAGAUGUUGGUGGGACCAGCAAAAGCUCUUUUCAUGGAUGAGAUAUCGAACGGGUUGGACAGUUCCACAACUUUUCAGAUUGUCAAGUACAUGCGGCAAAUGGUCCAUAUAAUGGAUGUGACGAUGAUCAUCUCUCUUCUUCAGCCAGCCCCAGAAACUUAUGAUCUGUUUGACGACAUCAUUUUACUUUCAGAAGGUCAAAUUGUCUAUCAAGGUUCGCGUGAUAAUAUCCUCGAGUUCUUUGAGUUUGUGGGUUUCAAAUGCCCUGAGAGAAAAGGAGUUGCCGAUUUUCUUCAAGAAGUGACUUCCAAGAAAGAUCAAGAACAAUACUGGUUCAAAAAGAACCAACCAUAUAGAUAUGUUUCAGUUGCCGAAUUCUCACAGGCCUUCUACUCAUUCCCUAUAGGCCAACAACUAGCGGCAGAUCUUAGCAUUCCGUAUGAUAAAACAAAAACCCACCCGGCUGCUUUGGUGACAGAAAAGUAUGGGAUCUCCAACCGGGAACUUUUUAAGGCGUGCUUUGAUAGAGAGUGGCUCUUAAUGAAGCGCGACAUUUUUGUUCACAUAUUCAAAAUCACCCAAAUAACAAUCAUGUCAUUGAUAGCCUUGACUGUGUUCUGGAGAACAACAAUGCCAUCUGGCACUUUGCUAGAUGGAUGGAAGUUUUUCGGAGUUCUAUUCUUCAGUUUGAUGAACGUGAUGUUUAAUGGGAUGGCAGAGCUCGCAAUGACUGUUUUGGGGCUUCCUGUCUUCUAUAAACAGAGGGAUGCCUUGUUCUACCCUCCGUGGGCUUUUGCCUUGCCGAUUUGGGUCCUUCGAAUACCCAUCUCCCUCCUAGAAUCAGCAAUAUGGGUUGUUCUUACGUAUUACACAAUUGGGUAUGCUCCGGCCACAAGUAGAUUUUUCCGUCAGUUCUUGGCAUUCUUCAGUAUACAUCAGAUGGGUCUAUCUCUCUUUCGCUUCAUUGCUGCGGUGGGGAGAACACAGGUGGUUGCCAGCUCUUUAGGCACCUUCACCUUGCUACUAAUUAUUGUUCUUGGAGGAUUUAUUGUUGCCAAAGAAGACAUUGAGCCAUUUAUGAUAUGGGGCUAUUAUAUUUCUCCAAUUAUGUAUGGACAGAAUGCACUAGUCAUGAAUGAAUUUCUUGACAAGAGAUGGAGUGCCAAUAACACAGACCUCCGAAUUAAUGCACCUACGGUUGGGAAAGUCCUCCUCACGUCAAGAGGCUUCUUUACGGAUGAUUACAUGUUUUGGGUUUGCAUUGGAGCACUGGUUGCAUUUUCUAUUCUCUUCAAUGUUUUUUUUAUUGCAGCAUUGACUUACUUGAAUCCUCUGGGUGAUUCAAGAGCUGCAGUGUUGGAGGAAGAUGAUGAAAAGAAGACAUUAUAUGGACAAAUGGCAUCUGAAGGUGUUGAUAUGGCAGUAAGAAAUGCUUUACAGCCUAAUCAUGUUCCUAGAAAAGGAAUGGUUUUGCCCUUUCAACCCCUAUCACUAGCAUUCAAUCACAUCAACUACUAUGUGGAUAUGCCCGUUGAAAUGAAAAAGAAAGGGAUUAGGGAGGAUCGUCUUCAACUGCUGCGAGAUGUUAGUGCUGUUUUCAGACCAGGGAUAUUGACUGCAUUUGUGGGUGUUAGUGGUGCUGGAAAGACCACAUUGAUGGAUGUGUUGGCUGGAAGGAAGACUGGUGGGUAUUUUGAAGGAACUAUCAGCCUUUCGGGUUACGUGAAGAACCAAGCAACAUUUGCUAGGGUUAGCGGGUACUGUGAACAGAAUGAUAUUCACUCACCUUAUGUUACUGUUCAUGAAUCUCUUCUACACUCUGCUUGGCUCCGUCUUUCCUCAGAUGUGAACACAAAAACACGGAAGAUGUUUGUUGAAGAAGUGAUGGAGUUGGUUGAGCUUAACCCGAUAAGGAAUUACUUAGUUGGGCUUCCAGGAGUAGACGGACUUUUGACAGAACAAAGAAAGAGGUUGACGAUAGCUGUAGAAUUGGUUGCUAACCCAUCUAUCAUCUUCAUGGAUGAACCUACAUCAAGCCUUGAUGCUAGAGCUGCAGCCAUUGUUAUGCGAACUGUGAGAAAUACGGUGGACACAGGGAGAACUGUAGUGUGCACAAUUCACCAACCAAGCAUAGACAUUUUUGAAGCUUUUGAUGAGUUACUUUUGAUGGGGAGAGGAGGCCAAGUCAUUUAUGCUGGACCUUUGGGUCGCCAAUCCCGAGAGGUUAUAGAAUAUUUUGAAGCUGUCCCAGGUGUGCCCAAGAUUAAGGAUGGUUACAAUCCUGCUACAUGGAUGUUGGAGAUUAGUGCUCCUUCGGUUGAGACUCAACUGAAUGUCGAUUUUGCUGAGAUAUAUGCCAAAUCCUCCCUUUAUCAGAGGAAUCAGGAGCUCAUUAAAGAACUCGGUACUCCACCUCUGGGAUCGGAGGAUCUAUACUUCUCGACCAAGUACUCCCAACCAUUCGUUACACAGUGCAAAGCUUGUUUCUGGAAACAGCACCGGUCUUAUUGGAGGAACCCCCAAUAUAAUAUCAUUCGGUUCUACAUGACCGUUGUUAUUGCUGCAAUAUUUGGGUUUAUUUUAUGGAAAAAAGGGCAGCAAAUGACAAAACAACAGGAUCUGAUAAAUCUUUUGGGAGUUAUGUUUGCUGCUGUUCUCUUCCUUGGAGCUUCUAAUGCUACUUCAAUCCAAGCUAUUGUUGUUAUUGAGAGAACAGUAUUUUAUCGUGAAAGAGCAGCUGGGAUGUAUUCAGCGUUGCCUUACGCAUUUUCUCAGGUGGCCAUAGAGGUGAUUUAUGUCACAAUCCAAACAUUGGUAUACUUCCUUAUACUCUACCCCAUGAUUGGGUUCGAGUGGAAGGUUGUAAAAGUCUUGUGGUUCUUCUAUUACAUAUUAAUGUGCUUCAUCUACUUCACAAUGUAUGGCAUGAUGGUUGCCGCGCUGACACCAGACGUCCAAAUUGCCGCCAUUGUUACGUCCUUCUUCCUUAGCCUCUGGGGCUUAUUCUCUGGUUUCCUCAUUCCCAGGCCGCAAAUCCCGAUUUGGUGGAGGUGGUACUACUGGGCUAAUCCAAUGGCAUGGACACUCUACGGACUAGUGACUUCUCAGGUGGGUGAUAAGGAUGCUUUGCUUGAGGUCCCUGGAGAGGGUGAUGUGCCAUUGAAGCUAUUUCUCAAGUAUUAUUUGGGUUUUGAGUAUGACUUCCUACCUGCAGUUGCACUGGCCCAUGUUUGUUGGGUCAUAGGCUUCUUCUUUGUCUUUGCCUAUGGCAUCAAGUUUCUCAACUUCCAAAAAAGAUAACAAAGCUUCAACAAAAAAAAAAGGUUGGUUAUAGGUGAGCAUGGGCUACAUUGUGACAAGUGGGGUUAGCUGACGCCACCGAGUGGUAAAAAUUUUUGAGGAUAUGUAUAUUGUUUUUGGUGUUUUAGAAAACUUUGCCGGAAAGAUUCCAUACCUGUGGUGCUUGCCCUGCAAAUUUUGUGCGUGAUGUUAAAUCUUAUGGUUCUUGCCCCCACAAAUUUUAUCGUUGCCCCAUGUAUGUAAUGGAAAUUACACCAUUGCCAACCAUUAAAAUGCCUUUUUUCUCUCUUAUCUAAAAAACAAUGAAACUCUAUGGGUCAUGGAAUGGACUUUUACUUCC